CAAUCGCGAGCAAAACUUAUAUGGACCCGAAAUCACAACCCAUCAAACCCCCAUCCAACUCUGACAAUACAAAGUCGAAGAAAAGCGGUGGAGCCGUGCAGAUUUUCAAGGUUGCGUUCUUCAUGCUCCGUCGUCGUCGGUCCAAGAAAUCGAAAGCGUCUGUCGACAUGGGCUCUGAUAAGGGCUUGUGGCGGCGGUUGUUAGGCUCCAUGCGCCCUCUCCACAUCCAAGGCAAUGCAUCACCUCCCACUACGGCUCAGGUCGACAUGCCGUUGGCUCCAUCGGAAUCGAAGGAAGUUUUCGAGGAAGCACUUAUGCCAUUGCCAUCACCUUCACCUUCACCUUCACCGUCGUCAUCGUCAUUUUCUCAUACUUCGAGGUCGUCUUCUUUUGGCACAAGCCAGUAUGCUUCCGCCCCCAACCUUCAAGAACUUGACGACAAUACCGAAGGCGAUGAUGACGAAAAUGCCAUCGAAAAUGACAAUGGAGGCGAUGAGAUGAUCGAUGCAAAGGCAGAAGAGUUCAUCGCGCAAUUUUACGAGCAAAUGAGGCGUCAACGGCACAACUAUUGAGCUGGAAAUGAAGAAGAAAUGUUGUAUUGAUCAAAUAUCUCUG